CUAUGGAGGUCGCAUCCCUCACGACCGAAAUGCACACCAUCUCUACAUAUAUGCCACAACCUUUGAUUAGCCUGUCCAGCCGUCAUGCAAGCCCGCCAUGGAAGCGCAGCAGCAAUUUGUACGCCUCGGCUUGGACGAGGCACUUGACCUACGCGAGGAGCAUCAUGACCACGAUGAAGAGCUGCCUGACUACAAUGCUUCCUCCGCAGCCCCUGCCUACGAUGACGGCGACCACGACGGACCAUACCAGACGUUUCACUUGAGACGGUACGAUCGUAGGAUACAGAUGCUGGUAGCGUACGGGUCAUCCGCGAAUACGGCUUAUCGAAUCACUACGAAUACGUUCCGGCUCUUCUCAAAGAGGCCAGAGAUGGAGGUACUCUACACCGACGAAGGACGUAUGCGAACGUUGGCAGCCAUAUCGUUCGACGAUGAUGGGCCAUUGCCAUGGCGGCCGCGCGCGCACUUCAAGCACACGGAUGCAGACGGCGUCGCAGAGAGGUACAACAUGGAGUCGCGCAACUUUGUAGACUGGACAGUCACAUUGGGAGACACAGUGUAUGAGUGGAGGCUUAGUAUGUGGCCCAUCUCGCUGGAGCUGAGCCAAAAGCACUCGAGCCUGGUCAUUGCGCGUUUCACGUACUCGGACCGGGGAACACUGGCUGUUCGUGGAGGAGAAGUCGGCGAUCUUGCCGUCUAUCGUGACGGAUUGACACUGCAGAGAGACGGGGUUGGCAAGGUUGUUUGCAGUGUGAUGGUAGCGUUGACGCAGCUGCAGAAGCUUGGGAGACACUACCACAACGAUGAUGCAACGAGAUCGCGCACAAACUCGACGGCGAGAGAGCAACCGGCAGCGCACCGGAGAUCGUCUGCCGGCUUCUCGGUUGUCUGAGACUGCGGUGGCGAGUCGUUUGGUGUACCCGUGGUGUUUGACUGAGGUAGCAUGUUGACAGCAUUGCAGAUGAGCUGGGACAUACAAAGAGCCGAGCAUUGUCAAUGCCAGUGUGUUUCUGACGGAUUCGGUCAGUUGGCAGGAAAGGUGGAACGCCCACAUGCCUCUGCGAACAGCUUUCUUUCUGUGCCGGAGUAGCUGAGACGAGCGCUGCAAGCGGGCACAAUAAUGAAUGAACAACACCCCGGCAGUGCAGUGCAGACGAGAUGCAGUGGUAAGCGCGUAGGGCCGAAUGAGCAAUCAAUCUGCCGAAUACAUGAUCAUAUAUAGCGCGUCCUGUAGCAGAUCGCCAUCACGCAGACAACGGCGCGGCCCGGCGAACUACAGUUCGGCGAGCA